GGAAAAUCCCUGAGCCUCAUCUGUGGGGCCCUCUCCUGGCUCCGGGACUUCGAGAAGAAGAAGCAGCAGCAGGAGGAGGCACGACUUCUGGCACUUGAGGAAGGUGGAGAGGAGGGGAAGAAGCGACUGACUCCAGCUGAGCCCGGACACCCAGACAGCAAAGGCGCUGCUGGGGAACCAGACUGGGUCACGGCGUUUGUGCGGAAGAAAGAAGAGCAGGACAUAGUGGACAGGCUGAAGGAAGAGCAGAUCAGGAGGAAAAAGCGAGAAGAUCGUCUUGAGAAAAUUCGCCACAAUGUGCAGUUAAAAUACGCAGCAAAGAGGAAGAGAUCUGAGGAGGAUGAGACAAAGCGCCUUCUCCAGCUUAGCAAAGAGGUUCUUUCAGAGGGAGCUGGGGCGGAUGUUCUCGAGCAGCUGGAUCACAACGAGGAGGAGCUGAUUCUUGCUGAGUACGAGAGUGAUGAAGAAAAGAAAGUGGUAUCUGGGCUGGGAGAAGAUGACGAUGAUUUGGAAGAGGAGCAUGUGACUAAGAUUUACUACUGCAGCCGCACUCACUCCCAGCUCUCCCAGUUUGUGCGUGAGGUGCAGAAAAGUCCUUUUGGCAAAGACACGCGUCUGGUCUCGCUGGGAUCCAGGCAGAACCUGUGUGUGAAUGAGGAGGUGCAACGCCUGAGAGCUCUCCAGCUCAUCAAUGACCGCUGCAUGGAGAUGCAAAAGAACAAACAUGAGAAGAAGAGUGAUGACGAGAACGAGGGGAAGAAGAGACGUGUGCGUCGCACCGUCUGCCCGUUCUAUUCCUAUGAGCAAAUGCAGUUUCUCCGCGAUGAAGUUCUAGUGGAAGUGAAGGACAUCGAGCAGUUGGUGGCUUUGGGAAGAGAGGCCAAAGCCUGCCCAUAUUAUGGGACUCUUGCCACGGCUCUCCUUCCUUGGUUGUCUAGCAGAAGACAUGCUUUCAGUGCUUCAGAGGAGAUUCAGAAGCUGGUGGUGCUGCCCUAUCAGAUGCUCCUGCAUGAGCCUACCAGGAAUGCUGCUGGCAUCAAGCUGAAGGACCAGGUCGUGAUCAUUGAUGAGGCCCACAACCUGAUAGACACCAUCACCUGUAUCCACAGUGCGGAGGUCAGUGGCUCUCAGCUUUGCUGUGCCCACUCCCAGCUGUUGCAGUACAUGGAGAGAUACAGGAAACGUUUGAAGGCAAAGAACUUGAUGUACAUUAAGCAGAUCCUGUAUUUGCUGGAGCGAUUUGUGGCCGUGCUAGGAGGUAAUGUGAACCAAAAUCCUGGCUGUCAGGCAGUUUCCCAAACAGGGACAGUGCUGAAAUCCAUCAAUGACUUUCUGUUUCAGAGCCAGAUUGACAAUAUCAACCUCUUCAAGGUAAUGCAAAUGUUGUCAUCUGCUAGGGCACAGGUGGUGCUUUUUGGGUUUGUGGAGCGAUACGGAGGCCCUGCCACAGCUGUGAAGACCAACAAGGAGAACCAGAAGUUGGGUGGUUUGCAGAACUUUCUUCUGACCCUCCAGCAGGGAUCUGAUAAGGAGGGUACCCAGAGUCCUCCCGUGGAGGCUGAGAAUGACCAGCUCCGAACUGCCUCUCCACUGAUGCAGAUUGAAGGAUUUCUCUCAGCCCUCACGAAUGCAAACCAAGAUGGCAGAGUCAUUCUCAACAGGCAAGGCACAGUUGGGCAGAGCAGCCUCAAAUUCCUCUUGCUGAACCCAGCUGUCCACUUUGCCAAGGUGGUGGAAGAAUGCCGGGCUGUAAUCAUCGCUGGGGGCACCAUGCAGCCGGUGGCUGAUUUUCGAGAGCAGCUGCUGUCCUGUGCUGGUGUGGACCCUGCACGUGUGGUGGAAUUCUCUUGUG